AUGCUGCGCCUGCUGGUCCUCCUGCACUGCCUGCCGCUGGCCUCCGGGGACUACGACAUCUGCAAAUCCUGGGUGACCACGGACGAAGGCCCCACCUGGGAGUUCUAUGCCUGCCAGCCCAAGGUGAUGCGCCUGAAGGACUAUGUCAAGGUGAAGGUGGAGCCCUCUGGCAUCACAUGUGGAAACCCUCCGGAGAGAUUCUGCUCCCACGAGAACCCCUACCUGUGCAGCAACGAGUGUGACGCCUCCAACCCAGACCUGGCCCACCCGCCACGGCUCAUGUUCGACAGGGAGGAUGAGGGCCUGGCCACCUACUGGCAGAGCGUCACGUGGAGCCGCUACCCCAGCCCGCUGGAGGCCAACAUCACCCUCUCGUGGAACAAGAGCGUGGAGCUGACGGACGACGUGGUUGUCACCUUCGAGUACGGCCGGCCCACUGCCAUGGUCCUGGAGAAGUCGCUGGACAACGGGCGGACGUGGCAGCCCUACCAGUUCUUCGCGGAGGACUGCAUGGAGGCCUUCGGCAUGCCUGCGCGGCGGGCGCGCGACCUGGCGGCGUCGGGCGCGCACCGGGUGCUGUGCACCGAGGAGUACUCGCGCUGGGCCGGCUCCAAGAAGGAGAAGCACGUGCGCUUCGAGGUGCGGGACCGCUUCGCCAUCUUCGCCGGCCCCGACCUGCGCAACAUGGACAACCUGUACACGCGGCUGGAGAGCGCCAAGGGCCUCAAGGAGUUCUUCACCCUCACCGACCUGCGCAUGAGGCUGCUGCGGCCGGCGCUGGGCGGCACCUACGUGCAGCGGGAGAACCUCUACAAGUACUUCUAUGCCAUCUCCAACAUCGAGGUCACUGGCAGGUGCAAGUGCAACCUGCAUGCCAACCUGUGCUCCGUGCGCGAGGGCAGCCUGCAGUGCGAGUGUGAGCACAACACCACGGGCCCCGACUGCGGCAAGUGCAAGAGGAGCUUCCGCACGCGGUCCUGGCGCGCCGGCUCCUACCUGCCGCUGCCCCACGGCUCUCCCAACGCGUGUGCCGCCGCGGGCUCUGCUGUCGGCAGCACCAGCAGGUCCCGGAAACAGCCCGUCCCCAAAGCCCCUGUGGCCACUGCGGCCAUUAGGGGGGACCCCACCUCUCCUAUCCCCCCAACAUCCGCUGCCUGGGCCCCUGGGGCCCCCAGCACCCUACAGCCCACAGAGUGGAGCAGGCCAUCCACCGCUGCCCCGCUCUGGGCGAGCGUCCCUUGGCCCCAGGUGUCCUCCAGUGCAGAAGCUGCGGGCACCUCCGCUGUUGCCCCUGCCCCCGCCAAGGCCUCCAAACUUUUCCAGCUCAGGCCCAAAUCUCCUCAGGUGAUGCCUGUUGAAGAAUUCGAAGACUGCGAGUGCUACGGCCACUCCAACCGCUGCAGCUACAUCGACUUCCUGAACGUGGUGACCUGCGUGAGCUGCAAGCACAACACGCGGGGCCAGCACUGCCAGCACUGCCGCCUGGGCUACUACCGAAACGGCUCCGCGGAGCUGGACGACGAGAACGUGUGCAUCGAGUGUAACUGCAACCAGAUCGGCUCCGUGCACGACCGGUGCAACGAGACCGGCUUCUGCGAGUGCCGCGAGGGCGCGGCGGGGCCCAAGUGCGACGACUGCCUCCCCACGCACUACUGGCGCCAGGGCUGCUACCCCAACGUGUGCGACGACGACCAGCUGCUGUGUCAGAACGGGGGCACCUGCGUGCAGAACCAGCGCUGCGCCUGCCCACGUGGCUACACCGGCGCGCGCUGCGAGCUGCCCCGCUGCGACCCCGCCGACGACGAGGGCGGCCUGGACUGCGACCGCGCACCGGGGGCUGCCCCGCGCCCCGCCACCCUGCUCGGCUGCCUGCUGCUGCUGGGGCUGGCUGCCCGCCUGGACUGCUGA